GAAAGUCAAUAAGAUAGAUGUAGAAUAAGUGGUUCGGAACUUGGUUUAAACAGGAAAAACACUCCCAUCAGUGUGGCCGAAAUUUGACUCUGGUCAAAAUUGACAUCUAGUAGGUCAUGUCAUAGCUGCAAAAUUCGAAAAUAUGUUACAAUAGAGUCAAUCGAGCGCAGGGUCUGGAUGAAAGAUUCGGAAAAGCAGUAAAAAUGAAAACCGGAAAACUGCGCGACUCUGGUGAGCCAAAGCCAGACAUCAUCUUGGGCCACAGCGAGGCCGGGCUCGGCAGCGAGGUUAAUGGACAGCCGCUAGCAACCGCAACCGGAUCCGGAUCCCAACUCCCGAUGGAUCCUGACCAUCGGGAGCCCCAGCAUCCCCAGCCUGUUCGGGCGUUGGGAGGUCAGAACUCGCAGUCGGCGAACAGCAGCGAUGCGGGUCAGAGCCAGAACCCAGGCCAGAACCAGGACGCAGGUGCCGGCUCCGGAUCCGGCCAGGAUCAGGUUCAGAACAACAACAACAAGAACCAAAACCAACAACAGCAACAGCAGAGCCAGAACGACCAGGACAACAACCAGGAGCAGGAUGCCCCGAAGAAGCGCUGCGACAAGUGCGGCAAGAAGCUGGGCCUCACCGGGGGAUUCCCCUGCCGCUGCGGCGGCACCUACUGCGCCGUCCACCGCUACAGCGAUCGCCACGAGUGCAGCUUCGACUACCGCGAGAUGGGCGCCACCGAGAUCCGCCGCGACAAUCCCGUCGUCGUGGCCAGCAAGCUGCGCAAACUCUAAGCUCUAGGUGCCCACAGAACCCCCUACGACCAUCCACUCCCAACACCACCACCCCCAUCCCGAGACCCCCUGCCAAGGAUCCUCCACGCACGUGACAUGACCAACCAUCGGGAUCGAUCCAUCUAUAAAAAAAAAAGAAGAACACUAAAAAGCAACAUCUAUCGAAAGCUUGAAAAAUAAUUGGUGGGCUGCUAGAAUAAACAACAGUCACACGACGUUUCGUUUUUAGCUUAAAUUUAGGGCGGUUGGG